CGCAGCUCUCGAGGUGCUGGACUUAUAGUGGAAAAUACCUGGAAACUUUGUGUUGUGAAAAAUGUUCGCCUUUUGUUCCUGCAUUAAGUUGCGGUUUUAACAAGGGAGAUAUUGUUCGACCUGCGCGUCUUUUCCAUUCAAAGCUGAACUCUCCUCUCUCCUGACGGUUCACCACGGCCCUCACCUGUGUGCUCCACUGUUUCUCCUGCGAGUCGUCCUGGGCUGACCGGCCCUUCCUGCUCCGCCCCUGCACAGUCUCUCCGGCUACGGUCACCAUGACGCGCUCCAAAACCUUUCAGGCCUACCUGCCCAACUGCCAUCGUACCUACAGCUGCAUUCACUGUCGAGCACAUCUGGCCAACCACGAUGAGCUAAUUUCAAAGUCUUUUCAAGGGAGCCAAGGCAGGGCCUACCUCUUCAACUCAGUGGUGAAUGUGGGGUGUGGUCCAGCAGAAGAGAGGGUACUGCUUACUGGUCUUCAUGCAGUGGCAGACAUCUACUGUGAGAACUGUAAAACCACUCUGGGCUGGAAAUAUGAGCAUGCCUUUGAGAGCAGUCAGAAGUAUAAGGAGGGGAAAUUCAUCAUUGAGCUGGCCCACAUGAUCAAGGACAAUGGGUGGGACUGAAGUCCACAAACUCCCCAAAGGCCUUAUGCUGGAAAGUGAUGUGCAGCAUAUGAAUAAUUAGUUUCAUUAUCUGGCUGUAACUUUCUCCCUGGAAAUCAAUCCACCCAACACACACCUAGACCCCGAGGAUGCAAGGUUUAUAGCAGCAGCGCUAUGCCCUUUCUGUCUGUACAGUACAUACGUGUGUGUGACUGAGCAAAUGUGUGCCAGCUAGACACCCAAGUGUUGACCUUGUGAGUAUUUUCCUAUUAAAUUCAAUGGAGUGUGUGUGUUUGGAAAUAGUACCUGUACUUAAAACAUGGGUAUGCUUUUUCUCGGGGUUGGCCAAGGUCUUUGACAUGGCACAGUUUUGUCCCACUCUCAGGUUUAAUAAAUGGCUGGUUCCAUGGAAAUCUAGGGUAAAAGACGAACCUGUUUAGCAUGGCACCUUUUUUUCUUCACCAUUGGUUGCAAGCAAGGCAAAAACCUACUAAAACAGAAGGGUUUUCCUUUGUCUCUUUACCUUUGUUUCCUUUUUCCUUUUGCUUUAUUUCCAAUUUCGUGUUUAUCACUUGCAUGUUGUUGUUUUUUUUAUACCUAUAUUUAUUGAUCUGUUCAUUUUGAUUACUUGUUUUUGGUUUUAGGGAUGUUACACCUAUGGUAAACCGUAGCAACCGCAGUGGUCUUUCUCUGAUCUCAUAUAGCGGAAGUAGCAAUGUUUGAGGUUUGUGCCUACAUUUCCUCUCCAGAUUGUGAUCUCAGUCUCCUUUUGAAUGUGUCUGGUGAUUAUGGAGUAAAUGAGGCAUUCAUCUGCCAUGUAUAGUGCACAGGUCACGAACGUUCGCUAAAGCCAAGUCUUUAUAUUGCUACAGCCACAGCUGAGAAAGCAGCUGUUAGGAUUGAAAGGAAACUGAGGCUUUUUCACAGCUAGUGAUGUCCCAUGCUGCCUCAUUAGCUCCUGCCAUCAAACCACAAAUCAAAGCAGUAUGUGGCAAACCAGACUUUCUCACCAUGAAGAAAGUGGUCGACAGCUACUAAAAGUGGCAACUGAACGAGGUAAUUCAGCAGAGGCUCAUAAAAAAAAAAGCCUUGGCGCAACCAAAGACUCCUUCAUCAACAAUACUCUGACCAAACCGAGGUUGAUUUCCUUGAUUUAGUUGCAUCAUUGUGUGUCGACUCUGUCAUUUGGUUCAGUAUUGUCGUGUGCAAAUCAAAGUCGAUUUUCUUUGAUUUAGUCACUUUGAACUUAAAUGUUAUUCCGUUAUGUCUUAUUUUAUUAAGUGUGUAUUUAUGAUCAGUAAGGUCAAUUAUUGUUUUAGCACACAAUCUUACUCGUUCUUUGGGACUGCUCUACCUAUUCCAACAUUGUUUUUUACUCUUUGAAAAAUAAUUUCAGUGUCUUUGUUUUCAAGGAGGAACGUAUGAGUGAAAUUUGACUUUGAAUCGGUAUAUUUUGAUCUGAUAUCAAUAAA